AUGGUUCAACAGAACGGUCGAUUCGAGCAAAUAUUCAUCAGUCUUGACAAGAAUGACAAUGAAGCUCAAGAUGAACUCAUCGGUCUGAUGAUCAUGGCUAGGGAUCAGGGAAGACUCCACUAUGAGAAGGUAGUCCACAACGCAGCACGCGACGCAGACUUUCUUCCCGUUCAGCAAGUCAACGGCAGUACGUCGCGGUUGGACUACGGUGUGGGCAAGGACGCUUCCGGCUUUGAGCAGAUUGUUAGGGAUGUUGUGAAGAGCUUCGUGAAAGACGACAUUAUCGACGUUAUAACGACAGUUGUACAGGACCACUUCGAAGAUCUUAUGGACCUCCCGGUCAAUAAACCCGGGUCCAUCAUAAAAUCGUCGCAAUAUGCGAUCACGGUUGAUCGUCUUGGAAGAAUCGGCCGUAUCGACUACUUCUUGUUCUACUACAGGUUCCGCUCCAGUUCCUUAUCGACUAAGGUUGAGGAUUGCCUGGUCACGUCGGCGGUCUUCUCUUCCGUGGUCAUGGAUGACCUCAACGAAGAUGAGCUUCUGGCGACGGUGCAUAACGAAUAUGCCAUGGGGCUGGAAGGUGAGACCUGUGAGCAGAUCAAAGAGCGCCAGGAGAAAAUCAAUGGCAUUUUUGAAAAAGUUUUCGAGGAUUUCAAGUCGAAGAGCGCCAGAAGGCAUCCGUAG